AUGCAGUUCUCCAUGCUCAAGGUCGCAGUCGCCACCAUGGCCGUCUGCAGCGACGUCGUCCUGUCUCAAGUGCUUGUCGCCACCGCUGGCCAGGUCAUCAGCAACCUCCAGACGCUCACUACAAAGACGCAGCAGCUGCAGGGCCCGGCACAGACUCUCAACAUGCUCAAUGCGCCACUCGUGGUUGUCGGACAGGGACCUAUGCCGCAAAUCAUUGCCGGCCUCAACGACAUUGUCAGCACGGCCACUACGUUCCAGGCUCAAUGGAAUGGCAUCAGCCCACCCACCACUGAUGAGAUCUCGAGAGUCGCCACUGCCUUCCGCGAUUUCUCCAACGGUCAACAGAAGUUCCUCAACAUCCUGAUCGGCAAGGCUGGCGUCUUUGAGCAGGUGCCCUUCAUUGGCCAGCCUCUUACCGGUGUUCUCCGACAGCUCGAGAGCAUCACCGAGACGAUUUCCGCUACCCUGAUGGCCCUUCCCGGAGCGCCCGCCACGGAUCUGCAGUCGCAGGUCAACAACCUCAAGAGCACCCUCGACAUUGCCGUCAACAAGUUCGAGGGUCUCAGACUCACCAAGCGCAGCAUCAGCCGCCGCGAUGCCUUCCGCGCCGCCCUCCGCGCCUAA